AUGGUUGAAAGAAAGGUGAUGUUCGCAAGGUCUUCGAAGUCAAACAACUUGAGUAUGGGAAUUGUUGGGCUUCCGAAUGUAGGGAAGUCGACUCUCUUCAACUUCCUUACAAGAAACAAUGUGCCUGCAGAGAACUAUCCGUUCUGCACGAUCGACCCUUCUGAGGGCCGUGUUGAGAUCCAGGACGAGAGGAUUGAGUUUCUGGCAAAGAAAUACUCUCCCCAGAAUGUUGCAAGGGCAUAUCUGAGCGUAACGGACAUAGCGGGACUUGUCAAGGGAGCGAGCGCCGGGGUUGGGCUUGGAAACCAUUUCCUAGACAACAUCAGGAACGUUGAUGGAAUCUUCCACGUUGUAAGAUGCUUUGAAGACACAGAGGUGGCCCAUUUUGAGGAUGGGGUUGAUCCGAUCAGGGACAUAGAAAUAGUCAACGAGGAGCUAAGACUCAAGGACUAUGAAACCAUGCUCCGACACGAGGAGAAGGUGUCGAAGGAUCUGAAGUGUAAGCCCUCUGAUAAGAAGCUGAAGGAUCAGGUUGCUCUGGUCAGAAGGAUUCUUGAAAUACUGAAAAGUGACUGGGUGAACAAGCAUGCAUUCAACGAAGAGGAGGUUGGAUACAUUAGUACAUUGAAUCUGCUUACGGUGAAAAAUGUGGUGUAUCUUGCGAACAUUAGCGAGAAGGACUAUGAAAUGCGGCGAGCAAACAAACACCUACGAGCUGUUUUGAAGUACUCUGAGGAUGUGAUUGUGUUCAGCGCCACCUAUGAGAGUGUACAUGAGUCCAAGGCAUUUCUGAAUAAGCUUGUCAAGAAGGGAUAUGAAUCUCUAGACCUCAUCAACUUCUUCACGGUGGGGAAAGACGAGGUUAGGAGUUGGACAAUAAGAAGGGGCAUAAGUGCGCCUUCCGCAGGUGCCGUGAUUCACUCCGACUUCAAGAAGUAUUUUGUAAUGGCCGAGGUGAUGUCCUUUGAAGAUUUCAAGACCUAUGGCAGUGAGUCGGAGGUGAAGAGGGCAGGGAAGUAUCAUCAGAGAGGAAAAACCUACAUAGUCAACGACGGAGACAUUAUCCUCUUCAAGGUCAAUCCUCCAAAGUCUGGAGGAAAAAAGAAGUGA